AGUUGGUGGUCAGAGUUGAUGAUCAGAGUUGGUGAUCAGAGUUGGUGGUCAGAGUUGGUGGUCAGAGUUGGUGGUCAGAGUUGAUGAUCAGAGUUGGUGAUCAGAGGCGGACUGACCAUUUGGAAACUUGGGCUCUGCGCAAGGGCCCGGGGUCAGUAGAGGGCCCCAUGAGAUGGCUCUGGUACCUUUUUCAUAGGCUUUUUUUUGAGUUUGGGCAAGGACACAGGGGCCCCAUGAUCCCCUAUUGCCCGGGGGCCCCAUGAGUUGUCAGUCCGCCCCGAUC